UGAUAUGCCACAAGAGAUAGAAAAAGUAGACUGCAGUCAUGUUUAGUCUCAUUACCUCAGUGGCUCCCUGUGGAGCACAUCUCUGCUUUUCCUCAGCUUCCUUGUGCUUUACCGUUAGCUCACCUGUCCUUGGUGUGUAGCUUCAUUUUUACCUGUCUGGCCUUCUGUCUUUUCUACACAGUACCAGUUGGUGUUGAUCUUUAUCUGCUGUUCGAGUUACCUGAGAGUCUUCUGGAUAGUUUUUCACCUCUGGGGUUUCUUGUCAGUUUUGCCAUGAAAAUCUGGCGUAGUUGUUUGAGGUGGAUGUGGUAUCACAGAAACUACAUGAUCAUCGUUCUCACUCCGCUCAUACUCCUUCCACUGCCACUCAAGUACCCUACAUCGGAAGCAAAAUGUGGUUAUGCUAUCAUCCUCAUGGCUCUGUACUGGUGUACAGAGUGUAUGCCUCUGGCUGUUACUGCCCUACUGCCAAUCGUCCUCUUCCCUAUGAUGGGCAUCAUGCAGGGUGGAGCGGUCAGUAUUGAGUAUCUGAAAGACUCUAACAUGCUGUUCAUCGGUGGCCUGUUGGUGGCCAUCGCAGUGGAGCACUGGAACCUUCAUAAGCGCAUCGCUCUCGGAGUUUUGCUGCUGGUUGGUGUUCGUCCGUCCCUGUUAAUGAUAGGCUUCAUGAUCGUCUCGUCCUUCCUGUCCAUGUGGAUCAGCAACACAGCCACAACGGCUAUGAUGCUGCCCAUCGCCCAAGCCGUGCUGCAGCAGCUGAAGGCCACAGAGGCCCAGGCGGAUGCACGAGAGUUCUCGGGUACAGCCGAGGACAACCAAGCAUUUGAGCUUGAGAUCAGUCCAACUAAAGGAGAAAUGACAGAUGAGAAACAGCCAGACACCAAGGCUCAGCUGGAGGACCGAGUGUGUGAACAUACAGACUUACAGCAGGAGAUCAGGAGUCGAGCAAUGGAGGCAAAGUACGAGCUCCUGACCAAAGGGAUGAGUCUGAGUGUGUGUUACUCUGCCAGUAUCGGAGGCACGGCCACGCUCACUGGCACAACACCUAACCUCAUCCUCAAGGGUCAAAUUGACAAGCUCUUCCCUGACAAUGGUGAUGUCAUCAACUUCGCCAGCUGGUUCGGCUUCGCUUUUCCCAACAUGGUGCUCAUGCUGAUACUGACCUGGCUCUGGCUUCAGUUUAUAUUCCUGGGCUUCAACCUGAAGCAGACAUUUGGCUGUGGCAUGAAAACCGACAGAGAUAAGGAGGCGUACGCUGUGAUGAGGGAGGAGUACAAGAAGCUGGGCGGCAUGAAGUUUGCUGAGGUGGCGGUGCUCAUCAUCUUCGUCCUGCUAGUGGUGUUGUGGUUCACCAGGGAGCCAGGCUUCAUAGCUGGCUGGGCAACACUACUCUUCAACAAGGAAGAAACGUUUGUGACAGAUGGAACCGUCGCUAUCCUGAUGUCUAUGCUCUUCUUCGUCAUCCCCUCCAAGAUGCCAAGGUGCGGAGGCUAUGGUUACAACGAUGAAGGUAAGAAGGUGAAUGCUCCCUCGACUCUGCUGAACUGGCAGGUGGUUCACGAGCGAAUGCCCUGGAACAUCAUCCUGCUGCUGGGAGGAGGCUUCGCUCUGGCUGCAGGCAGUGAGGUGUCAGGUCUCUCCAAGUGGUUGGGAGACAGCUUGGCACCUCUGGAGAAAAUUCCCCCCUACGCCAUCUCAUUGCUGCUCUGCCUGCUGGUGGCGACGUUCACCGAGUGCUCCAGCAACACGGCCACCACCACCUUAUUCCUGCCUAUACUGGCCUCAAUGGCCAUAGCUAUUAAGAUACACCCGCUGUAUGUGAUGCUGCCCUGCACCAUCGCUGCCUCCCUGGCCUUCAUGCUGCCUGUGGCUACACCACCCAACGCCAUCGCCUUCUCCUUUGGAAAGCUUAAAGUCAUGGACAUGGUGAAAGCCGGCUUCAUGCUGAACAUCAUUGGGAUUUUGACUGUUAAUUUAGGCAUCAACACCUGGGGAUACGCCAUGUUUGACAUGGGCACCUUCCCUCAGUGGGCCAACACUACACAGGUCAAACCUUGAGUACUGGAGGGCAGAAAGAGAGAUGGAGAAGGGAAUGACACUCAGUAGUUUUUUUUAAAGCCCUUGGAAACUUCAAAUCUAUUUCUCUGUAAUAUACAUUUUCAUGACUAAAUAAGCAACAAUCUAAGUAAAAAAGGUCGAACUCUCAAAAACUCAGGUAAUGUGCAUUGGAGGUGGAAGUAUAUGACAUCACCUUUUUCUAACCGUGUCCCGCCUACUUCAAACCAGUGAAAAGAGCACAGAUAUACGCUGUAUAAUUUAAAAAUGGACACCGUGACGUCACCCAUAGUGGGCAAAGACGUAGAGCAUGAGUGGAGCUGAAUGAAACCUGGUUUCUGAAACCAGCCGCCUGUGAAGGCACCCACCUGUCACUCAAAGCACUUAAUAAUGCAUAAGCCUUAAUAUAAUUUAUUAUAUUAAGCCCCCCCCCGAACAGUUCUUGAAAUUAGCAAUAAAGACCAGGCUGUACAUGUUUACUUCUGCUGUAAGGUUGUAAAUUUUAACACAGGCUUUGUGAAGACUGAUCACUUCUGUAGUCAGCCUCAAGUGGCUGUUCGAGGAACUGCAGUUCAGUGUUGGCUUCAUUUGCCACAGAAUUUGCCGCUUGAGACACACACAGAAAUACAGAAAUCUCUCAAGUGAAAUGACAAAAAACUGUUCAAACUUUUGAAGAAAACAAGUGUGUGUUCAUAUGGAUCCCAUGACUAUUAAGAAGUUUUCAGGGCCUCUAAAGGAAGGAAGUAAAAUCCAUGUUGAAUUUCAAGAGCUGUAGCAGAAGCUUUGAUUAUUAUCGAAGGAGAAACGAAAGAAAGGGGGGAAAUGAAAAGUUGGUUACUUGGUGAAUGAACCUAAUCCAAAAUUUAAAUUAAGACCCAGUUUCACUCAAGAGUGAGGUACUACCACAUACUUUGAAUCAAUAAAGCAAACAUGUAUUACUAAAUAACCAGAACUGAGAUAACCUGGAAACGUUUGUACACAAUGUUAGUGUUCAGUACUUCCUCGUGUCAUUCCAGUGACAGAACAAAACAAACUUGAGGUCAUUUCUUUGUACAAAUUUCCUCAAAUGUGAUGUCAUUUUAUUAAUCUAUUUAUCAGUCUGAAAUGAUGCAAAGAUGCACAAUACUGUAUGUUUGAGUGAUUAUUUAAAAUACUUUGAUUUUUCUGAGUGAGGUUGUGUUUAAAGACAAUAUGUAAAUUAGCGCAAAUUGAAUUAAUUGUAUCAGUUAAUUUAACUUAUUACUGUGGUCCUUAUGUUGGACCUUAAGUAUUUGUUUUUCUGUUGUAUAUUUUAUUUUUUAUCAGUGUUUUUGUCACACUGUUUUUACCAUGAACAAGCAUCAACUUUCCUAUCUUGUAAUUCUGUGGCAGACUUCAGCUGAUUAUUUCUUAUUUCUAUAACUCCCAAGAUGAAAACAGGUGAAAGCUCAUAAAGGAAUAGUUGGCAUUUUAGGAAAUACGCUUAUUCAUUUUCUUGAUUGAAGAUUGAUCACGCUCAUGACUGUACAGUAAACAUGAAACUACAGUGAGCAGCUAGUUAGCUUAGCUUAGCUUAGCAUAAAGACUGGCAACAAGGGGAAACGGCUAGCCUAGCUAAAUUAAAGUAAGCUUGUAAAGAUGAAUGUUUUUACACAUUUUUACAACAAAAGUUGUGUACCAGAUUAUUUCUUGGCCGGGCGCAGUGACUUUCUGGAGUCUUGUCGUUGCCCUGCUGAGAAAUAGUCAUGAAACCAAAACAUGUUUUACACUUUGGUUUUUGUACGGAUUAAAUAAACAAGACAUCAUUUAUUAAUUAGUGAGCUUCAGAGGUGCUGGUAGACUCAUUUUCUUCCCUUCAGACAGAGGCAGACUAGCUGUGUUACCCCGUUUGCUGUUGUUAUGCUAAGCUAAGCACCUCCUAGUGCCAGCUUCGUACAGGCAUGAGAGUGAUAUCAAUCAAAAAAGCAACUAUUCCUUUAACAGAUCCACUCCAGUAAGUUAGGAGGAUGUCUACACAAAGUGCAGGUGACGGUGAAAAACAUCCUUUGACAGUGAGAAAGGAAGGUGUUACUAAUAUCAUGUAGAGAGUACAGAUAAAAAGGUUUAAAAUGUAACAGAAAGACGUCCCAGCAGAGUAAUGUGUGUGUUUUUUUUCCCACAUUACGUGUUUAUGGACCAGAAUAUUCAGAAAAUAAAGCUUCAUUGUGUGAACAAA